UUUAAGGUUAUGUUCAGGUUCAGGUUAUACUCAGCUGUGUCGCGCGCCGACGAUUAAGUAGAAAGUAAUCAACAGCGGUGAAUGACACGAACGCGGAAGAAAAUGAAUUCGAUGGCACGUUAACGUGAUCGACACGACGAACUAAAAAUAUUCCGGGAAUACGGGACAGGAUGGAGUCCAACGACGUGUAUCAGGACGGGAGCGACAACGACGCAGGCUGUACAAAUCUCACGACGUCAAUCCCAAUAGUGAGCAAGCUGUUCGAUGUGCAUUGUAAAGUUGGAAAAGGUGCGUUCAGCUCUGUCUUCCUGGCUACCCUGAAAUCUUCUUCCAACGGACGUAAGAAGUAUGCGUUGAAACAAUUGAUUCCCACCUGCCAUCCCGAUAGGAUCAAACGCGAAUUGCAGUACUUGCAACAAUUAGGAGGGAAAGAUUACAUCGUUGGAUUAGAAUUGUGUUUGAGGCAUCGCAGCUCGGUGGUAUUCGUAAUGCCAUAUAUGAGGCACGACAAGUUCUCGGAAUACGUUCAAGACAUGACUGUUGAAGAAACGAGGGAUUACAUGAGAGCACUACUAACUGCUUUACGAAGAGUUCACAAAUUUAACGUCAUACAUAGGGACGUGAAACCUAAUAACUUUCUCUACGAUCGUAUAAAUAGAAGAUAUUUGCUAGUGGACUUUGGCCUCGCACAAGAGUGCCAGGUGGAGAAACUGAGAAAAAUGAGCGAAGCAAAUCUUGAAACAUUCGGUACAAAGCGAAAGAGACCUAACGAAAAUAACGUAAGCCUCCAACCUGAUUUUACCGCUAAAAGAGAUACGAAUAACAAAUGCCCUUGCUUCGGGAAACCUAAAGUGUGCAUGGCAUGUUUAAAAGGACCAGAGCAACUGGCACAUCGUGCAGGCACGCCUGGGUUUCGUGCUCCGGAGGUGUUAUUGAAAUAUCUGUUGCAAACAUCAGCGAUUGAUAUCUGGGCUUGCGGUGUGAUAAUGUUAUGCAUACUCAGUGGUUCACAACCGUUCUUCCGUUCGCCCGACGACUGUACGGCUUUAGCGGAAAUUACAACGAUAUUUGGUUCUAAAGAAGUACAAAAGUGUGCACAAAAAUUAGGUAAAAAAGUUAUCUUUAGUGAAAAUUUACCAGGCGUGGAUAUUAUAUCUUUGUGCCUAAAGUUAAAACAAAGAAACAAAACUAUGAUGUAUGAUACAGAGAAUAGUAUACAUAAGGUACCGCCAGAUAUCGAAUACCCCAAGGAAGCGUACAAUCUAUUGAUGAAACUUCUAGAUCUAGAUUACAAGACACGUAUUACCGCAGAGCAAGCAUUGAUUCAUCCAUUUUUGAGUUCGUGAUACAUUGGCGCAUGUCUCAGAUAUGUUAAUGCAUGUGUUCUAAAACAUUUGGAAAGUAAAUUUUUAUAAUUGUUAUUUCAUUAAAAUUACACCUUUAGUUUAUUACGUUUGUUGUUUUAAAACGUCUGUUAACAUAAAUGUUCGAACCAUUUAAGUAAAUUAUAAAAAAUUAAGGAUUUUUUUAUAUUUACUAAAAAAAUUUAUAUAAAUUAUUUUAGCAUAAUAUAUAAUAUGUAAUUUCGAGAUUUAAUUAAUAUAAUGCACGUUAAUUGAAGUUCGAAAAUUUGUGAAAAGUAUGAUCUCCUGACAUAUCGUCAUUUCUUACGAUAUUUCACACGAUUUAUUAUUCAAAUAAGUUUAUUAUUUAAAAUUUUCUGUUUUUCGGAUAUUUAAUUUUUAUAAAAACACUUGUAAAUGUGUUCGUAGUUGUAAAAUGGAUGACUUUUGCUACAUAGCAUAACUGUACGAUAUUAGCUAUAAUUAAA